AUGGCAAAAGCAAUGGUGCUCCAAUCACAUACAUCUGAAAAAAUUCCACCACUUACUUUUAAGGACAAGGAUAAGCCGGAUAGCGUACGAAGCAGUAAUAUUAUUGCGGCAAAGGCUGUUGCUGACGCAAUUAGAACAAGUCUAGGACCUAAAGGGAUGGAUAAGAUGAUUGAAACGGGAAAAGGUGAGGUAACAAUCACAAAUGAUGGCGCAACGAUUCUAAAACAAAUGAGUGUUAUACAUCCUGCAGCAAAAAUGCUCGUCGAACUAUCGAAAGCUCAGGAUAUUGAAGCUGGUGAUGGAACUACAACUGUAGUUGUUAUUGCUGGCGCACUGCUUGAUGGGGCAGAGAAAUUGUUAAACAAAGGAAUCCAUCCCACUACGAUUUCGGAGAGUUUCCAACGUGCUUCAGUACUGGCUGAAAAAAUCUUGGAAUCAAUGGCUUCACCUGUCGAUCUCGACAACGAUGAUCAACUGGCAAAAAUUGCCACAACUAGUUUGAAUUCUAAAGUUGUAUCUCAACACUCAUGGUUGCUUGCACCUAUGGCAGUGAAUGCUGUUAAAAAAAUUGUCAGUGCCGAUGAUAAUAAUGUUGAUUUACGAAUGAUUAAAAUCGUGAAGAAAGUGGGCGAAACUGUUGAAGAAUCUCGUUUGGUAGAUGGCGCACUUAUUGAUCAGCGUUCCAUGGGACGUGGUGGUCCAACUCGUGUUGAAAAAGCUCAGAUUGGAUUAAUUCAGUUCCAGCUUAGUCCACCGAAAACUGAUAUGGAAAAUCAAGUGAUCUUGUCCGAUUACACUCAAAUGGAUCGAGCUUUAAAGGAAGAGCGGACAUACUUGCUUGAUCUAUGUAAGCAAAUUAAAAAAGCAGGAUGUAAUGUUUUGCUUAUACAGAAAAGCAUUCUCAGAGAUGCGGUAAAUGAGAUGUCCUUACAUUUUUUGGCGAAAAUGAAGAUAAUGGUAGUGAAAGAUAUCGAAAGAGAAGAUAUCGAGUUUUACUCGCGCAUUUUGGGUUGUCGUCCCAUUGCAUCAAUCGAUCAUUUUGUACCCGAAGCACUAGGUUCUGCAGACCUUGUUGAACAGAUUUCGACAGGAGGAGAUGGAAAAAUUAUUCAAGUGACUGGUGUGCAAAACCCGGGUCAAGCAGUUUCAGUUUUGAUUCGUGGUUCUAACAAAUUAGUAUUGGAAGAAGCAGAACGAUCAAUUCAUGAUGCGCUUUGCGUUAUACGAUGUUUGGUAAAGAAGAGAGCUCUUCUUCCUGGCGGUGGCGCACCUGAAAUGGAGGUGGCAGUGCAGCUGCGCCAGUUAGCACAGGAAAGAUCUGGUGCUGAGCAAUACUGUUGGAAAGCUUUUGCGGAUGCUCUGGAGCAGGUUCCGUAUACAUUGGCCGAAAAUGCUGGUUUGAAUCCGAUAGCGACGGUUACUGAGUUACGCGCUCAGCAUGCAAAUGGUAAAAAGAAUCACGGAGUAAAUGUUCGCAAGGGUUAUGUUACUGAUAUCAGAGAAGAAAAUGUGUUGCAACCGCUUCUGGUAUCAUCUUCGGCAAUCAAGCAAGCUGCUGAAUGUGUUCGCUCUAUUCUUAAAAUUGAUGAUAUCGUGGUUGCUGUUCGCUAA